AUGGGUGGCUGUUGCAGCCACGAGAUUUCUACCCGAGGCAAAGUCGAAAGCGAGGUGGAUGAAGGAGAAUAUGAUUAUGACGAUGAAAAUAGUAAUGAUCAUGUCACGUAUCAAAAUGAUGGAUCAAUGGUUAGAUUUGGAGGAUUUUCCAGAGUUGUUUCAAUGUAUACUCAACAGGGUAAGAAAGGUAUCAACCAAGAUUCAAUGACUGUUUGGGAGGAUUAUACCGGAGAACAAGGAAUGAUCUUAUGUGGUGUGUUUGAUGGUCAUGGUCCUCUAGGCCACAAGGUUUCGCAAUUCAUUCGCGAUAAUCUUCCUUUGAAACUCUCUGCGGCAAUCAAAAUGGCACAACAGAAAGCCAACAGAUACUAUGAUGCUCCCGAUGCAGAUACCGAAACUUUUGAUGAUGGCCACAAUGGUAGUAACCGCGGAAAUAACAUAUCGCUGGCUUCGUGGGAAGGAUGUUUUCUGAAAUCGUUCGAUGAAAUGGAUGAACAUCUUGCUAAGGAAGUUAACACGGAUUGCUAUUGCAGCGGUUGCACAGCUGUAACUUUAAUUAAACAGGGUGACCAGUUGAUAAUUGGAAAUUUGGGCGAUUCUCGCGCGAUUCUUUGUACAAGGGAUAGAGAUCAACUUAUACCUGUUCAACUUACCGUUGAUUUAAAACCGGAUAUUCCAAGUGAAGCUUCGAGGAUCUUUAACUGUGAAGGAAGGGUUUUCGCAGCGGAAGAAGAACCAGAUGUAUACAGAAUAUGGAUGCCUGAUGAUGACUGUCCGGGACUCGCUAUGUCAAGAGCCUUCGGAGACUUUUGCUUAAAAGAUUAUGGCCUAAUUGCAGCUCCUGAUGUGUCUUACAGAAAAAUUACCAAACAAGAUGAGUUUGUUGUUUUAGCAAGUGAUGGGAUAUGGGAUGUGCUGACAAACAGUGAAGUAGUAAACAUAGUUGCUUCGGCGCCAAGGAAGUCGAUAGCAGCAAAGUUGUUAGUAAAGCGCGCUGUGAGAGCAUGGAGGUACAAGUAUCCGGGAUCGAAGGUUGACGAUUGUGCAGUCAUAUGCUUGUUUCUUAAUGAGGAACCUGUUUUGUCGCAUUAUCAAUCGACUACGAGUAGAAAAAGUCAACAUCAUCGCAGCAAGCGCUCGAAAUCGCAGAGAAAUGAGGACAAUGAAACUGUGGCAGGAAAACUUGAUGUUGAUCUGCAUGAAGAAUGGAAAGCUCUUGGAGGGUUAGCUAGAGCAAACUCAAUAUCAAGACUUCCAAGGCUUGCUAGAAAAAUGAGUAAAAGACAAUCAUCUCAGCGACGUAAUGGAAGUUGA